AUGGUUCUGAGCAUGUCUUCAACCCCGCUGCUUUCGUACUCUACUACGGUUCGCGCAAGCUCGCCUAGUCAGGGUAGUAAACAACGUAAUGUUUGUUCUUUGUAUAACGGAGAAAACAUACAACUGAGGGUGGGUGUCAACGACUUUCAAGAGCACUGGCCCUGGUCAAUGUACGUCUUUCACACGGACUUCUGUCUUGUUAACAAUAUCCCAUCGCAGUCGCUCGUUCCUCCUCCUGAAGGCAAGCUCUCCAUGCACAAGGGCGCAAGACUGCGGCAAGUGAUUUCCGUCGGGGAGCGCACACGAAUAGCAGGUUUGGAAGGAUUUCAAACUCUAGUGUUGGUAGGUGAAGGGAGCUCCAUUGAGCACAGCGUCCUCCAGUGCGAGUUUGAUGCUGACAAGCACGAGAACGCGACAGAUGUGUUGCCUUGUUUUGUUGGUAAUCCUCAGCUAAGGGCAAUCAAUUUAACAAUACAGUUUCAGAUAAAACUGCGCGACGUGAUCCUCGUUCGCUCAUUUCACGUUUCAAAAGCUGAAACCUGUGAUGAGUUAAUUCAACAAUUCGUUUCACUACGUGAUGAGGAAAAGGAAAAUGUAUUCCUAGUUGACUUACUCUCUCCAUUAAUUCGCUGUCGAGGCCCUGAGAUCAGUGUUAAUGCCUUUCUGAAAGGGAUUCCUCUUUCAUCUGAUUUUUAUGCAGCCAUGCCGCUUUCAAUAGCACUACGUAUGCGAUUGCCACAAUUUAUUCGCAUGGUACAAUCUUAUUGCACCUAUUUCCUAGAGUAUGUUGGUAUCCCCGCAGUAAAUGUGAUCCUUAAAGUUGUUAGUAUACUGGACAGGCUUUGGAGGCAGCUCGCCGUUUGGAUCACCACCACAAGCAAGGCAUCGCUUCCUUAUCUGUUUUUAGGUUUUCGGCUGUUGAAAUGUACUUUUAAGGGUUUUUUCUAUCGAUCAAGCGCAUAUGAGUGUGAAGGCAGCAAUACGGAUUGUAAUAAUAGUACCACAGAGAUGGGCUUUUUCGUUGGAGUUUAUUUACGGGAGGGUCUUGUCAUGAUUCUUUCGUCGGCUUCGGAUGCCCUCACAGUGGUGCCAGGCUUGUACACCAUUAUCCAUUGGUCGGUAGAUGUGGAAUGGGUCAUUACGAAAACGCUGAUUCGUGUCGUUCUUCAGGGGAUAAAUCGCAUGGCCACGGGUGUUCUAUGCCCUGUAGUUCAGCGCAUGUGGCGUCUACUCGAGACUUUAUGCGUCAGUCUUGGUCCACUCUUAGCGAUGCUAAGUAGUCUGAUGCGCCGUGCAUACGUUGUUAUUUUCCUUAGAGAUACAUAUCGCUGGUUGUAUGAGCAAGAAUUGCGUCUGAUCAAUCUGGAGCUCCGCAUAAUAACCCUUUCGAUGUCGCACGCCGCCUGGGUGCUUGUUUUUGUCAUUCGAUCCUCAGGCCAAAUCUUUGCCAAAUCAUGUCGUCAUGGCAUACUUGUUAUGAAGUGGUAUAGUUCAACAUCUCUCUUCAUUCACUUCCUCCUCUUCGUUAUGCAGACUGUCAUUCUGUUCGUUGCUCUUCGAAACGAAAUUCGUAGUUUGAUUGAAUAUCAGUUCACCACCGAAGAGAAUGAGAAGUCUGUGAAAGGCUCCAACCGUGGAAUCGCGACUAACAGUGGCGGGAUGUGGCCCUUAGCAAAGACCUUGACGAAAUUCCGAACGUAUCAAAAGUUCAAGUUCGUCAACGGAAUCACCCUGUUAGCGAAAUCCCAUUAUCAAGCCUUCAUGGCCUACAUUCUUCAUCACAGCGUUUUGGGGCUUCUACUAGUCGGGCUCUCUGUGCUCCCUUUCACAAGCAGGUUCUACGUCCUCACACUCCAAGUCGCGUUCCCAUGGCUGUCUUCGAAGCUCUUUUUGAACUUUUUUGUCUCUAAGCCGUCGCGCUCUCAGGUAACAAUGAUGUUUGGAGCUAGACUUGUUUUCGCACUUUUUCUCGAAUGCACUAUCGGCGACCUCAUGCGCCGGAUUCUGAAAGAAGUAUUCUUCCUACUCAUAUGCUCUACUUGCAUUCUCCUGGGCUUGUGGAUCUGGAAACAUCACCGUUCCCUGUUACGGCAAAUCGCUGCCGUAUCGGAAAAAAUAUUUAGUGCCGCACCAGUGCAAGCCGCUGUGGUGCCACUGUGGCGUAGUGAAGGCUCUAUUAUGGAAGAAGAGCACACUUCGAAUCACACGAGGGUUACACGAGGGGAAGCCAAGGAAGACACCCAUGUGGAAAAAGGCAAGACGAGUGGCGAAAGUUGA